GAUUACAAACCCUCCCUUCCCCAGCCCCGGGGGGAGAGGAGAGGGCCAGGAGAGGACAGCCACUUACUUGUCAUGACAAGAAAUAGGAGAAACAGAAACAGGACCGCAUGUCACUUGCACAAGUUGCUGCUUCAGCCAGUGAUGGGUUUAGGUGAAAAGCAUGGUUAUAAUUAGAGCAGCCGCCUGGCCCGAGGGCUGCACCGGCCACAGUGAGCACAGCUGGAUCUGCUGACCACACGCACAAGAUCCUGGCCUUGAAAGUGAUCCUUCUUGAAUGGAUUUUCCCCCCUUCCUCAAGGGAAGGAAAGCCUAUUGAUAUAAAAGCUCACUUCCCUUCCGGCUCCCCCUGCUAAAUGCUACUGCAGUAGAGACCAAGUGUUGAUAAAGACGGGGGAAAGAAAAAAUCAACUCUGUCCUCUGCUGCAGCUGAUGCCCCCCAGCCUCUUCCUGCGAUCUGCUUGCUCACAAUCCAGGGACACAGGUGCAGCAGAUGCUGACUCAGCCCGGGCCCUUAAGAUUUACAAAGCAAGAAGAAAUUAGGAAGCUAUGGGCAGGGCGCGCAGGCCUCUGCCUGGGCGGCACAGGCACUGUGAGAAAUGCUUCAACCGUCACUGCCACGUGCCUGUGGAGCCUGAUGUCUCCUGUCUGGUGAUAAACUGCCACCUGUCCUGUGGCGCUACCUUCCACAUGUGCAAGGAGGCAGAGCAUGAGCUCCUUUGCCCUCUAGAGGAGGUUCCGUGCCUCAACUCUGAAUACGGCUGCCCCCUUUCCAUGUCCCGCCACAAGCUGGCCAAGCACUUGCAAGUGUGCCCUGCCAGCGUGGUGUGCUGCUCCAUGGAGUGGAACCGCUGGCCAAAUGUGGACUCUGAAACAACCCUGCACGAGAACAUCAUGAAGGAGGCCCCCAGUGAGGAGUGUUUGGACACAGCUCUGGCCCUCCAGGACCAGAAGGUCCUUUUCAGAUCUUUGAAAAUGGUAGACCUUUUCCCGGAAACUAGAGAGCCCACUGAGGAGGGACCUCCCGUGAACGGGGAGGCCGGCCGGGAGGAGCCGGGAGGAGCGGUGGGUGGACCCCAUGCCGGCUUGGUCCCGCGGGGACCUCUGUCAGCCGCUGGUGGACAGACGGCAGAACUGAGUCAAGAAGAACGAGAGGCCUUAGCCAAAACCAAAGAAGGGAUGGACCUGGCCAAGUUUGACAAGUGGGAAAAUAUAUUCAGCAAAGAACACGCAGCCUCUGCUUUAACAGGCUCAUCAGCCAACUGUGAGGGCAGGGGCGGGGAUGGCCCCGAGAAAGAGCAGUCUCCCAGCCACAGUAACGGGGUCGGGGCCGGCGAGAACACUCUCCGAGAGACAGAGGCACGGGAGGAGCAGAGGCAGCGGGACGUGCCUGCAGCCCUGGAAACAACGGGGCUCGCCCCUUGGCAGGAUGGCGUCCUGGAGAGACUGAAGACAGCUGUGGAUGCAAAAGACUACAAUAUGUACCUGGUGCACAACGGGAGGAUGCUCAUUCACUUUGGUCAGAUGCCCGCUUGUACGCCUAAGGAGAGAGACUUCGUUUAUGGCAACCUCGAGGCUCAGGAAGUGAAGACUGUUUACACCUUCAAAGUUCCCGUGAGCUACUGUGGGAAGCGGGCUCGCAUUGGAGAUGCCAUGCUGAGUUGUAAACCAAGUGAACACAAGGCCGUAGACACUUCGGAUUUGGGGAUCACAGUGGAGGACCUUCCCAAAUCAGAUCUCAUCAAGACCACCCUCCUGUGCGCCUUAGAAAGAGAACUUAAGGGUCAUGUCAUCUCUGAAUCCAGGAGCAUUGACGGGCUGUUCAUGGAUUUUGCUACACAGACCUACAGUUUUGAGCCAGAACAGUUUUCCUCCGGGACGGUGCUGGCUGACCUCCUAACUACUGCCAACCCGGGGGGGCUCCAUGUGGAACUCCACAGUGAGUGUGUGACCAGGAGACACAACAAGAGUAGCUCUGCCUUCACUUUCACUUGCAACAAAUUCUUCAGGAGGGAUGAAUUCCCCCUACAUUUCAAGAAUGUCCACACAGACAUCCAGUCAUGCCUCAAUGGCUGGUUCCAGCAUCGAUGUCCUCUCGCCUACUUGGGAUGUACAUUUAUUCAAAACCAUUUCCGUCCCCCAGGGCAAAAGGCAAAAGUGAUCUAUAGUCAGGAGCUCAAGACCUUUGCCAUCAAGCCAGAGGUUGCUUCCGAGCUGAGUGAGAGAAAGAAGAACAGCCAUCUUUCAGGUCAUGGAGGGAAAAACCAGAAUUCUCUAACCAGCUUGCCCCUGGAGGUUUUGCAGUACAUCGCUGGGUUCUUGGACAGCAUCAGCCUGUCCCAGCUUUCCCAGGUGUCUGUGCUGAUGAGAAAUAUCUGUGCUACUUUGUUACAAGAAAGAGGGAUGGUCCUCCUGCAGUGGAAGAAGAAAAGGUAUUCUCAUGGAGGCACCUCCUGGAAAGUCCACAGAGAGAUCUGGCAAUUCAGCAGCCUCUUCUCCAAAAUCAAGAGCUGGGAGUUUAAUGAAGUUGCCUCCAUGUCUGAACACCUGAAGGCCUGUCCUUUCAAUGUUGUAGAGCAUAAGACUGACCCAAUUCUUUUGACCAGCAUGUGUCAGCUCCAGGAGCAGCCCCGAGAGAGCUUAGUCACCACCUUUAGAGCCAGACCACGAGGAAGACAUGUCUGCUAAAGAUUCAGGUGCCACCAUUCUUGGAUUCGCCCUCUGAGUUACUGAAAGUAGGACUGAGUGUGAUUUUGAGGACUUUCUUCUGUAAACCGCAUAUGUGCUUACCUAGGUGUAUUGGAGCAUGCACUGCCCCAAAUCUGAGCAGUUGCACAAAGUCUAAGAAUCUCCUAAGUGAUGGCUUGUACACUUGCUUGAAGGGCCAUACUGAUAACUUAUUUCCUUCCCUCCAUCCCCUCAUUUGUUUCCUAAAAGAAAAAGUCUGAGGAGAAAAUAGGUAACUUGAGGCCAUUUGAAAGAUGAGCCCAAGUCUUAUGAGAGACCAGUGAAAUUCUAUAACCAGCACAGGCCUGUGCUUUUGUGGAGAGCAUUUGAGUUGAUGAGCACUUUCAAAUUUAUGGGGCAGGAAGUGCCCGAGUGGGGACGGAGGUGUGUUCCAGGGUACCCAGGGUGAAGGGCACACAGUUUGAUGGUUCUGGAGCUGGGGUUGUCUCCACGGUUAAAUCCAGGUUUUCUUUUAGUCACUCCACUGCCUAUAAGCCCAGGAAGGCCAGGCACAGCCCAAUAAAAUGGAGACCUUGGCCAAGCACAGCAGCCUCAAGGGCACUGCAGGCCAAAGAACAAGAGGCAGAAAUGAGGUCACAGAGUUUGUUGUGGAGAAUCUUGGCAAACAACAUGCAGAAGGACAACCUUGCAAAAUGAGGAGGAGUCCAAAGGAGACAUUGUAUUAAUGAAGAAAAUUAGUACCCAAAGCCACAAACCACUUUUAAACAUGUCAAAAAUGACUUAAGAGUCAAGGUUCCUUUCUUCUUAAAAUUAUAUUCUAGGUCUGGGUUAGAGAUAGCAUAGGUACCAGCCUGAGCUAGCUGAGACGAUCUCAAGACCCUAACACCAACUUCGGUGUCAUGCAAGAAUGCACAGGGUAGCCCAGAGAGACCACACACUUGGCCAAGUCCAGGCAAGCCUCACUGCAGUUCCUGUGGCACCAGCAACCAGGUCCCAGAUACCACUUGAGUACCCUGUUGGGGGACCAUGGGAAGGAACACACCUGAACAUAGUUGUUCCCUGUAACUGCUCCUACCUGUUGCUGUCAUGAUUCCAGUCUGUCAGAAAUGGGGGAUAUUGUUGGGUUUUGGUAACAGUGAAUACUCAUGAAAGCAAGAGUAAAAUACUUGGUAGAAACUUCCAUCCUCUAAAGCAGGGUUUCUCAGAACUACUGACAUUUUGAACUGAAUAAUUCUUUAUCAUAAGAAACUGUGUCCGGUGUGUUAUAUUUAGCAGCAUGCUUGGCCUCUAUCCAAUAGAUACCAGUAGCACCCACCCCCCGCCCACACACACACACACACACACACACACACACACACACACAGCUGCAGCAACCAAAAAUGUCUCCAAACAUUGCUAAAUAUCCUCUGGGAGUGAAAUCAUUCUGGGUUGAGAACCACCCUACACAAUGUGAUACCAGUGACAGUACCUUAGGAUAAGCUUUUUAGUGCAGUAAAAUCCUACAACAAUGGUUAUGAUCAACAAUGGUUAUGAUGUUAUGUAGUUCUUCUUUAUUUACUAGAUAAGUUUUAGACAGAUGUCAUUUUAAGUUGGGAACCAGAUGGAGCUGAUUGCUUGGUGUGGCUUUACGUCCUUAAGUCAUGUGCAAAAAAUAUAUAUCCUUUCAGCUCUCUCCAGAUGUAGCAGAAGCCAAACACAUUGAACUAUUUCUCUUGUGUUUCUUUCCCUCUCACUUUACUCAGUGCCAUUUUCCCAUCAGUCCUCAAAGCAAGUAAGAAGGGAAAAGGAGGACAGGUAUUAUGGGGAAGCAGAGAACAAAGAAUUCAGCCAACAAAAAGAAAAAGAGUUUAGUCAAUCUGGAUGCUUAUUGUUGCAUGGGUCUUUCUCUGAACAUGGUCCAGAGCUGGUAUAGAUGAAGUAGCUGACACUUGUAAGAGGAAACAAGGAGGCAUUAGAGCAAGUCCCAGAGUAGAAACAUGCUCAUCUUUUCAUUAUAGUACACUACUUGGUACUAGUAGGUAAUAUCACUUUGUUUCUUAAUCCUUUUUGCUUGGUUUAUAUUUCACAUUUGUAUAUAAGGCACCAUUUUCUAAAAAUACAACUAGAGUGUGAGCUGUGAUUUUAUUCAGUGAAGAUGAGUAACUGGAAAUAACUAAGGGAGAAAAAAGGAAAAGCCCUCCAGGUAGGUAUCAGUUCCAUUUGUUUUGAAUCUAGUUCCCUCCUAUCUGGAGAAAGAAAGCUCCUGAAGUCCGUUCUGUGUUUCUUUUUUUACUAGAAAAAGAGAGAAAGGGAAGCUAUUGACUAAGAGAGAUUAAAAUCAGGGGCUGCUGUUAAGUGGAUGAGAAAUAAUAGAAAAAGCAAGAGAGCAGAGGAUUUUCCUUCACAACCUGGGCAGUGCAGGGUCUGGGAGAGCAGCCAGGAAACUGCCUGUACAACUCUGUGCAGUCAAUCUUUAUUUUCCUAGUUGCUGCCUUUGGAGCAAUAUUGAAUUGAUCAACAUCAUCAAUUUUAUGAGAUAUCUAAUUGGAGAUGUUCCAGGAAACCAGGUACUACCGGUAUCCACUGGUCUACACAAAUAAGCACAUUUUACGGUGAGAGGGUAUUUGGAGCAAAAAGGAAGCCUUCUAGAGAGACUGCGGAUCUCACAGAAAAAUGACUGGAUUCAUGGGCUGAGGCUGCGGUGAGUAGUGUGAGCAGCAGAAUUACCUGACAGGCAAGACAGCUAGACAUGGCUUCAGAUUAAGAAGCAGCUGAGGGGAGUGGACAGGGAGGUGUCUAUGAACAGACACUUUAACAGGCAAGUCAAUCCGGAGUAGAGACCAGCCAGACUUGGGGGGUGAAGUCUGUAGAACUGAAGCAGAAAGGAAGUUUCCGUCUUAUAAUGAAGCGAAAAGUGAGAAGCAAUGUGGAACUUGGAAAUGUAACAGGAAAACCACCGUGAGAGUCUGAUUUUUGUGUGAUAUCAAGUCAAAGUGAAGUGAAGAAAGAUUGUGUAUAUCUGUGGUGACUUACCUCUGUAUGCUGGAAAUCCCAAUGUCUCUAGAAGCAGAAAUAAAAGCUGUUUUGCACUCUGGAA